GUUUACGCGCUUCGAUCACUUUUCGUGGAAACAUCGAUGCUGUUGGUUUCAAACAGCGCAAAAUUAUCCAUUAUUCCGUUGACCAUUGCAAAAUCUCACCGAAUUCAAUCGUUUUAUUGUAUCGUGAACAAAUGACUAAAAAGUGGGAGCAAGUGGACAACAGUUGCUUUCCAGUGAGAUUCCUGAGUAUUUGGAAUAUCAAAUUGUUCAAAAGUUCGUGCCCUCACAUAUUUGAGACAGUACCACGCGGAGAAAAUUUUUUAUUUAUCGAGGAUCUUUCAGAAGUCUUCAGAAUAAUAAUCGAAAAAACUCCGGAAGAUCUACUCGGUUUCCUCGUGUACAACUCAUCCCCGUCUCUCUUCCACACGAUCAUCUUGUUUCCCAGAAAUGACAGAUAUUAACAGUUUAGCCAAGCGUACGCAGUUCAAUGGAGCCUCAACAACAUACGAUAUAUCAGUGAUAAAAGCUUGUCAUCUGCUCAGUGUAUUUGCACAGUGAAUUCAUAUUAAGACCGUCAAUGAAGAAGAAAACUUUCCAGUCAACGAUGUGGCUUUAUGCAGCAGCUAUUGCCGGCUACAUUGGCAUAUUCGCUGGGAGUACUCCUUACGGAUGGAGUUCACCAGUUCUGCCGCUGUACAAACUGGACGAUUCCCCCCUGUUCAUCACCGAUGCUGAAGGCGCCUGGAUAGCAUCAGCUUUUCUGCUGGGCAAUGGAAUUGGCCCUCUGAUUUCAAUUGUACUUUCGCGUUAUACGGGAAGGAAAAUGCUGUUAUUAGCUGCAAGUCUGCCAUGGUUUGUCGGCUGGGCGAUGAUCAUCUUCGCUCGUUCUGCCUGGGAACUCCUUGUAUCAAGGAUCAUCUCUGGCUUGGGUACAGGAUUGAGCUUCUCAGUAUUGCCGAUGUAUUUGGGUGAAAUAGCCCCAGCAAAAAAUCGUGGAAUCAUCCUCACAAUGAUAACGAUGUCUCAAAGACUAGCAGUUCUCUUUUCAUACGCAAUCUGUCCUUUUCUGUCCAUCCAAACCAGUGCACUAAUUUCCCUGGUACUUCCCAUACCUUUUGUCUGCUGUUUCAUCUGGUUGCCAGAGUCCCCGUACCAUUGGAUGCGUCGUGGAUGCUCUGAAGAAGCUGCGAAAUCACUGGCUGCAUUUCGCGGUACCACCAACAUUCAAGCAGAACUCCAGAUCAUCGAAAAAUCAGUCAGUGAGGAAUGUGCUCACAGCGGUGGAUUACGAGAGCUUUUUUGUGUUCGAGGAAAUGCUAAAUCCAUGAGUAUUGGUCUUGCCCUGAGAUUAUUCCAGCAAUGCUCUGGCAAUCAGGCGAUCAUGAUGUACAGUCAGAUGAUAUUUGAUCAAGCUAAUGUUCAACUUGAGGGUAAAUACUUGACGAUAAUAGUGGGAGCUAUUCAGGUAAUUGGCACAAUCCUUUGUACACUGUUUGUUGAUCGCCUUGGGCGACGUCCGGCAUUACUAUUUUCGGCGAUUGGAUCCAUGAUCACCACGAGCACCGUCGCCGUUUACUUUCAUCUCCAGCAUCUGAAUGUCAGCACUAGUUCCAUAGAAUGGCUACCAGCGACAGGAUGUAUGCUCUAUGUUGUAUGUUUUUGCUGUGGUUACGCACCACUUCCCACGACAAUGAACGGUGAAAUGUUUCCAACAAAUGUUAAGUCACUCGCGUGCGCAAUUAAUGUUUCAUUUGCGAAUUUCACGGGUUUCAUCGUUGGGAAAUCGUAUCAAGUCAUCAGUGAUUCGAUCGGCAUUCACAUUGCAUUUUGGAUAUUUACUUUUUGCAAUUUAUGUGGGAGCGUUUUUAUUUACUUGUGGAUGCCGGAGACUAAGGGAAAAACACUUCAGGAAAUUCAGGAGGAGUUUCAUUGUAAAAAGAGUGGAAAUCAGGUGACGUAGGUAGAAUGAAUGGGGAAGAGUAAUCGUGAGAAUUCGAAAGGGAAACGUUACGGGUUUUUCAGAGAGAGUUUUAUCGGGAUUAUCGAGGGAUGAUAAUUCAAGUGAUUAUGCAACUUAUAGCAAUUAGUAAUAGAGCGUUAUAAUUAAGGGAAUAAAUAUAUAUUUUUUCUAGUCUUAUAAGUAAUAUAUCUCUCUAUCCGCGAAAACCUGUUGGACUCCUCAUUGACCAUUAAGGAGAGGGAAAAUACUGGAAAAAGUACGUGAAAAGUUAAAUUGCUUCGUUUACGUUGAGACGUAAACGAGAAGCGAAAAGCACAUUGAAAAAGAAUAGAAAAAUUUACGAAUCAGUUCUGUAAAAUUUAUUGUACCGUUUUUUAAUUCAAGAUUUUUCUUUGAUAAAAUCAUUAUUUAUUGACCUCAUAAUACUGUACAUCUAAUUUUUGUAUAUACGAUAAUUUUUCCACAGAAAAUAAACAGAAUAAAAAUAGUUAUAAGAAUUCUUAAUCUUCAAUUUAGUCACGUGCUUUUUACGGUGUUUUUCUCUCCGCGUAUUUCCCGGUAUCACUUUAAUCAGAAUCGAUAGAGUGAAGAUGCGUUUAGACGCUUGUAAAAAUAUCGCCUUGGCUUAAUGAAACACAUGUGGUUUCAAUUAUAGCGCGAAGGAAGAAGAUAAUUCGAAGAGACUCACACUAAAAAAAUAGUGUUCUAGGGGUGAUGACUAUAGUGAAUAGAUGAGGUAUUAUUAAUUCAUCCAAUUAAUCGUAUAGUACCUUCGGUGUUCGAAGAUUAAAUAAAUUUCACUAUGAUGGUAUUUUAUCAGUAUACUCAAACUUUUUAUAAUUUAGUUAUGAGUUUUACUCGCAGUUCAUCAUUUUCCUGUGUUAAGAAAAUAAUAGUUCCGUCGGAAAUUCAUUAGCAGAAUGUCAUAUGGAGAAAACAAUCAAUGAAAUAAGUUCUCAAAGCAAUUGGAUAUUUUAGCAUUGAGACGAAAAAUAAUCAAAUAAGUCUAUUGAACUUUACUGGGCUUGAGAAACAGCUUCUUGUCACCAGGAAGUUAUGUUUGCCUUGAGUUAUCCUUCUUUUAUCUCAGAAUAUUGUUCAUUGUUACGUAGACCCUCGGGCGACUCUCACGCCCUUCACGUGGAUUCGUUUUUAUUCUCCAUCAUCGAUUCAGUUUAAUUAGUUCAGUGUUAUUUUAUCCACCUGAAGUUUUCCAUAAAUUUCUGUAUUAAGGGUAAUGCAACGCAGUGGAUGGAGAUAAAUCGCGUUCGAUGUUGUAACCUAGAGGGUAAGAGGAGUUCCAAUGAUGUGUAAGUGGAUUCCAGUAGCUUUUGAUGACAAAGGGCAAUGGCAUGACACGUACCUGAUCCGAGGGACCUCAAACGUGAUACAACAAUUAUUGAGUAACAAGGCAAUCAUAGCGUGCUCCCUGAGCACUUCUGUGAGAAUCAAUACAACGAAGAGGGGAAAACACCCUGACGACUCAGAAAGUGGACAUUCAGACCUGACGUUCCCCCACUAUUUAAUGAUUCACUGAAUGAACAAGUGACGAGACAUUCAGAAAUGUAUUUAUCAGCAAGACUCGUCUGCCCAGGGGAAGAUGUUCAGGAAAAAUUACGUAAUCGAUUUGUUCAAUUUAAGUGACUGUAAUUUAAUGUCUUUAAGCUGGAUUGAUGUAGCAUAUUUAUACGUUUCUACCCACACACACUGAGACAUUAAAUGGAUGGUGAGUAGGUGCCACUGGGUUUACCCGGACUCACG